GUGACCAAAUCCCUCCUUGAACCCUAAACCCCACCGUGAAGGGGAGAGAGGAGAUAUGGGCAAACUGGGUGGCCUGGUGCGAAAGCACCGCCAAUCUCCCUCCCUCCUGAGAACUGCUAAACCAUCGUCUUCUUCCUCCACCAAUAGGCGAAAACCAGACGCACCCUCGUCCUCGAUCAUCAUCCCCCACAGCCAAGAAAAUGGAGAUGACGACGACCACCAUCUCGCUGCAACGACUCCUUCAGAGGAGAAGAAGCAGACACACAUAUUCAGCUCUGACAAGCUCUCCCAUGCCCAGAAGGUGUACGACUCCAUGCUGCCCAGAUGCCGGAACCCACGAGACACCUCCUUGCACAACACUCUUCUCGCCGACUUCUGCCGCCUCUCCACCUUCAGCACCUCCCUGCAGCUUCUCAACCACAUGAAGCUCAAGUCUGGCUUUGUUCCCAACCGGACCACUCUCCACAUCCUCCUCUCCCAAUCUGCCCAAACCGGCGAAUUGCCGCGAGUCAGGGAGGCGCUCGACUUGAUGACCACCCAUGGGAUUCCCCCCGAUAAUGCCUCCUGCGACGUCGCUGUUCGCGGCCUUUGCGCCGUCGAUGACUCGGAGGACGCUAUUCAAGUCUUCAAAGACUUCUCCUCCUGCAAGUCCCCUUCCUCUGCCUCCUCCCCUGAUGCUUUCACCUACAAUUUCUUAAUUAGACAUUUGUGCAAGGCAAGGGCCGUGUCUAGCGCUUAUAGGUUCAUCGAGGAGAUGCGCGAAUUAAAUGUCAAGCCUGACCUCGUUACGUAUACCAUAUUGAUCGACACCGUCUGUAAGAGCAAGAAUCUCCGGGAGGCCAUGCGCCUUCUGGAUGUUCUUGGAGAGUCUGGAUUCAAGCCAGAUUGUUAUCUUUACAAUACCAUCAUGAAGGCAUAUUGUAUUGUGGAUAAAGGGUUCGAAGUGGUUAGUGUUUUCAAGAAAAUGAAGGAGCAGGGCAUUGAACCAGAUCUUGUCACCUACAAUACUCUAAUUUUCGGGUUGUCUAAGGCCGGAAGGGUUGAUCAGGCCAGGAAGUACCUGGGAAUCAUGAUUGAUGAAGGGCAUUCUCCGGAUACGAUCACAUAUACGACCCUGAUGAAUGGCAUGUGCAGGAAGGGGGAUCCAAUGGGCGCUCUUGGACUAUUGGAAGAGAUGGAGAAGGAGGGUUGUAUCCCGAAUUCAUGCACAUAUAACACGCUUCUGCAGGGCCUAUCGAAGGGGAAGCAUUUGGAUACAGGGUUCAAGCGGUAUGAGAUUAUGAAGUCUGAUUCGAUAAAGCUCGAAUCAUCUGCAUAUGCAACUUUAAUUAGGUCGCUUUGUCGGGCUGAGCGAAUUGCCGACGCCUACGGCGUAUUUGAUUAUGCGUUGAGCAGCAAAAGCUUGUCCGAAGUUGCUGCAUAUACAGUAUUGGAAAGUUCGCUUAAAGCGUUGAAGAAGAUGAAGAGUUAGAGACUAAGGAUGGACAAACAGUUUGAUAAUGGCUGCUGCAUAAAUCAUGUGAUCCUCACCACCAAAGCUAGCAGUUGAGAUUGGUGUCUAAUGCUUCAAUAUCUGGUGCGUCUUUAGGCGCUUCAUGCACAUCAGAUUACAUGACAUGCAGUCGCAUACGACUGAUUGGUUAGUUGGAAGACGAGCUUCUCUGUUCCAUAUUCACCAUUUUGGUAGCCUUGAUGGAGCGAAGGGUAUGAAUGAGCAAGCAAUUUUCUCUUUGGUUGCUUGCUGGGCUUUGCUUUUGUGGGUUCGUCGACACUGUCACCCUAAGACUGUUCAGCCUAAGAUGAAUCAAUUAUGGUAGCAGUAGUUGGGAUCUGAGGACUCAGAGGAAAGGGAGAGAAAGAAGAGGAUAAUGUUCUUGCUUUCCUCAAAAGAUAUUUGGACGUUUUUCAAUAUCUGAAUAAAAUUUGGAGAUUCAAAAUCA